UGGUCACUUCUGUAAAACCGCAGACCAACUUUCAUGUCCUCUCUCUCUCUCUCUCUCUAUGUAGAUUCCCUUUUUUACAUUUGCUGUUUACCAAACACACAUCUCUCUCUCUCUCUCUUUCAUAUAUAUUAUCUUGCAUUUUUCUCUCCACAAAUUGUUGUGCUGCGUGUUCUUCUGGAAGUGCUUGUCGGUAGGAGCAACAUCUCAUGCAUAUAUUAUUAUUUCCACAAUGUCAUUAAUGCUUUCUUCAAUGUUUCUCUCAGAUUUUCAAUUUUGUGUUCAGAGUGGGCUUUUCCGCUGCAUUUGAAGCCUUCGUCAGUUUGUCUCUGUUUUGGAGAUCCAUGACAGAGUAAGAUAUUGGGGCCAAACAACCAAAGAUUUUUCAUUUAAAGUUUCUCCAAUUUUUUAGACAAAUAUACUUGAUGACAUGAUGGAUCACAAGUCAUGGCUGUGGAAGAAAAAAUCCACCGAGAAGACCAUUGUUGCGGCUGAUACAGUAAACCUUUCACAAGGAGGAAAUGCAGAGGAGAUACAGACACUUCUGAAAGAUAAAGGAGAGUUGGAAAGAGAUCUGAAAAUUUUAAAUGAAAAGCUUUCCUCUGCCCUCUCUGAAUGCAACGCUAAAGAUGAUCUAGUGGAAAAACAUGCAAAAAUGGCACAGGAAGCCCUUGCAGGCUUGGAGAAAGCAGAAGUGGAAGCAAUGUCGUUGAAGCAAGAAUUAGAUGAAGUUUUACAGCAGAGAGUCGCAGGUGAAGAGAGGCUAACUCAUUUGGAUAUGGCAUUGAAGGAAUGUACCCAGCAGUUACGUUUUGUUCGAGAAGAGCAGGAGCAAAGGAUUCAUGAUGCUGUGACGAAGACAUCGAGAGAAUUUGAAAAAGCAAGGAAUGUUUUAGAGGACAAGUUGGCUGAUGCAAAUAAAAGGCUCACAAAAUUAGGUGCAGAGAGUGCUCAGCUCAGUAAGGCUCUCUUAUCAAAGGAAAAGUUGAUUCAAGAAAUGGAAGAAUGUAGAACCAAAGCCGAUGCAGAUUUUAAUGCCCUGAUGAUGAGAUUGGAAUCCUCGGAGAAAGAUAAUGCUUCUCUAAAAUAUGAGGUCCGAGUGCUUGAGAAGGAGCUUGAGAUUCGGAAUGAGGAGAGAGAAUUUAACCGGCGAACAUCUGAUUUAGCACACAAGCAACACCUAGAGAGUGCGAAAAAAAUUGCAAAGUUGGAAUCAGAAUGUCAGAGACUACGCAUGCUUGUACGUAAACGGUUGCCGGGUCCAGCUGCUCUGGCGAAAAUGAAGAAUGAAGUUGGAAUGCUGGGCAGAGAUCCAGCUGAAGCAAGGUGGAGAAAGUCAAAUCCUUCUCCUACGAUGGACUUUGCUUUCGACAACGCUCCUGAUACACCUAACAGAAAGAUCAAUUUUUUGACUGAACAGUUGUGUGCCAUGGACGAAGAAAAUAGGAAUCUCAAAGAAACUCUUGACAAAAAAGCUAACGAACUCCAGGUUUCUAGAAUCAUGUAUGAUCGAACUGCAUCCAAAUUGUCACAAGUUGAGGCACAGCUUGAAGAACCAGUAAGAGAUAUACAUAUACCACAUGAACUCUCUAUGGCUUCGAUGUCUGACAUGGGCAGUGAUGACAAGGUUAGUUGUGCUGAAUCUUGGGCUUCUGCUUUGAUUUCAGAGUUGGAGCAUUUCAGAAAUGGAAAAACUGUUGGGGCUUCAGGCAUUGAUCUGAUGGAUGACUUUGUCGAGAUGGAAAAAUUAGCAAUAGUAUCCACAGAUAAGCCAUUUGGAAGUUCUCGUCUUGCAUCAGUCGAAGAGCACGAAAUUGUUGGUCCAGUGGAAAUUGAGUCACACGGUGAUUCGUUAGCAGCAGCCGGUAGGGAGAUAGUUUUGUUACCAGAAUCUGGAUUAGGCAUUGGUGUCCUAAACAAGGACAUCCAGUCUAAAAAUAUGUUGAUUGGUAAACUUCCUAGUUGGCUUCAGGAUGUACUGAAAGUAGUCCUGGAACAAAACCGUGUCACGCGGAGAAAGCACGAAGAAAUACUGGAAGAUAUUAAAGUUGCUUUGCAAUAUAUUAACCCUACAAAUUCCAGUGCAUUUGUUGAUGCAAAUGAAAGCUCAAAUCAUUUUAAUGCAUCAAAUCAUUCUGAUAUUGGUGGCUACAUCUCUCAGGAAGCUCCAGCUAAAUCUCCAUUGAUGGAAUCAGCUAAUAGAAUAAAGGGUGAUGAAACACAAAGUGAGAGCAAGGUAGAAGGUGGAACAAGUCAAUUUUCUGAAGCAGAUAAGGUACGGACUCCCAAAGAACAGUUGUCAUAUCUGCCCAUUGUUUCUGCUUGGAAUGAAGGCAAAUUGGAAGAAAUUCAGCCUAAAGUGAGAGAAGAAUGUAAAAAGCUGAAAGAUGAGAUGGCAAAUAUGGAAUCUGCAAACAAGGACUUGGAAGAGAGACUCCAGACACAGGUUGAUAAGAGUGAGUCUUUGAUGUUUCGGCUUCAAGAAUCAGAAAAAACUAUCAGAAGCUUGCAAUCAGAGUUGGAAAGAUUAAAAGAAUCUGAGGACAUGAAUGAGAAUCAAAUUGAGAAUCAUAAGUUGGUUGUUGAAGAUCUUGAUGCACAGCUGACAGUUGCCAGAGCUGAAUUGAACGAUGCCCGCCAAAAGCUUUCAUCUCUAGAAUCAGAACUGGAGAAUAAAAACAACUGCUGUGAAGAAUUGGAGGCCUCAUGUCUUGGCCUACAGCUUCAGCUAGAAAGUUUCACAAAGAAGGAAAUCCCGGAUCAAGAAGAAAAGCAACUUCGAACUGACUGGGAAAUCACAGCAGCUUCUGAAAAGUUAGCAGAAUGCCAAGAGACCAUCCUGAACCUGGGGAAGCAGUUGAAGGCAUUGGCUUCACCAAGAGAAGCAGCCCUUUUUGACAAGCUCGUCUCCAACCCAUCGGACAAUAUUACAACAACAACCACCACUCCCACAAAGAUCAUCAAACAGCGGUCCUCUCUGCUGGAAAAAAUGCUGGCCGAGGAUAAUGUUGAAUCCGGAGACCUUAAGUUUCCAAAGACAAUGGAAGUUAUUUGCCUUUCAAGCCCUCAAAAUUCUCCUGGUCUUCUGGACCCGAAUGGAACGCCAGAUCAUCAACAAAGUUUUCUUCACAUAAAUGGGACAAAACACAAUUACAAUGAAACUGUAAGUGGUUCUUUGGCUAUUGUGCCUGCCAAGAAAAACAGAGGUGGGGGACUGCUGAAAAAGCUAUUUUUGAGAAGAAAGAAAGGUAAUAGCAAAAAGGUAACAGUUCGAAUUGCUGCAUAACAACUGCGAUGAAGCGGAAAUAAGGUGACUCGGGAUUUGGUUGUGAUGGUCAUGAUUGAUUGAUUUGUUGCUUGCUUGGAGUGAAAAAUAGUAGUUUGGUAUCUUUUAAUCAGAUAGAGAGAGGGUACAAGGAAUCGUGCAUCAUUUUUGUGUGUACCGUUGUUGUAUUCUGUAAAUGAAACCAAAAGGAUUGAGAAUUUAAUGUGAAAUGAAAAUCUUUAAUUUUAUAUA